UCGAUUGUUCAGCCGCAUCUUGAAUAUGCCUCUCCCAUUUGGGCUCCAAUUAGUUCAGGGGGGUUUGCAAAAGCUCGAGCAGGUCCAAAGAUGUUUUACUAGGAACAUUGAAGAUAUGAGAGAGUUCUCGUAUUGGGCGAGACUAAAAAAGUUGAGAUUGUACAGUUUUCAGGGAAGGUACGAAAGGUAUCUGAUAUUGUACAACUUCAUAAGCAUCCAUGAGCUUUGUCCUAACCAAGGCGUAGGGUCAAUUCUAGUGAGCGUAGAGGCUUAAUGUGCGUUUUGAGAGCACCUUAAAGCCCUCGAGAAUCCAGGUUAGUUCGAACAAUGAAUGAAGUCCGCUUCUCUUCUUUCGCGGGCUCCUUCAUUGUUCAAUUUACUCUCCUCAAAUACACCUAGGGCUUAUAUGUUUGAUAAUCCAGCAGCGUCUUUUUAGUCAAACUUACACUGUUUUUGAUCAAAAUACCUUAUCUGCCCUACGUUCAAGUGCUUGCUGAAUCUGCUAACUCUAAUUCGUUGGUGGAUUAAAUAUUAUAUGCAUGUAAAGUCAACGAAAAUUAAUACCUUUUUCGUCUUGAAGUUUUGGGGUUCCCAUUCCCAGUAGCGGAAAGCAAGUCUGCAAAAAAUUACUAAAAAAAAGUUACAAAUACAUUCGUUUCAGAUGUGAUUAAUUACAAUUACUUCAUUUCGAAAUUAAAUUAUUUACAAUUAUAAUGGAAAGUUGGAUGAGCUUUGUAGUCCAAGAAGGAAAAUUCAAGCGAGAAAAGUUCAAGCAAAGGAAUUAAAUCGACGAGCAAAAUUAAGGGAAGACAUAUUAAAAUGAAUUCAAAAUCCAAUGGUUUUUAAAGACGCACAUUUUUUUUUUAUUUAUGGAGAGAAAUGUAAGUGUAAUUGGUAUUUGAAAUAUCUCAAUUACCUCCCUUUGAAUAUGAUCAGCUACAAUCACUCUGUUUCUCAAUGCAAUUCAUUGCAAUUACCUAAUUGUCAUUACAAUUACAAAAACACAUGUCUGCAAUUUGGUAUCAAAAUUACGAUGGUUCCAAUUUAUCAUCGAACAUGAUUAUGUUUGUCAAUGAAAGCCAAUACUUCAUUGGUCCUCGCUUUCCGAGUCUAACAUAGUCAAUGCGUGGAGCCCAAUGUUACUAAACGUCUCACCCAUGGCCAUGUCAUCAAAAGUGGUGAUACUUGUGCUAUUUUUUCUCUUCCUUUUUCAAUCCCAUUUGUGUAUCAUAAAACACCUGUCCAUGAAGAUUGUGGAAGAAUCUUACAUAGAGCGCCACACGAGGAACACUAUCCCCCCAUUGACGAUAUGCACUUUUCCGGGACGUUCCAACUAUUGGAGCCAAUCCUCGCCUUGGAAUUCUAGCAUGUUCUGCCAAAAACCAACUUUUGAUUUUCACAAAUGCUUAGUCUCCGGUCAGUUCAAUCUUUCGGAUGUGAUUCAAGGCACUCAUUAUUCUAAAAAAAUGAAUCCUCGGAAUCCGCCUUAUUGGUCACCAGCCACGUACAACUAUUUGAGCGGUCAGUGUUCAACGCUUCACGUGCCACAUCAAACUACGGCGAGUUAUCUUGGAUCUGCCAUUCACAUCCUUAUCAAUAUGACUACCAUUGAAAAAAAUCAAAUGUCCUUGGUCAUUCAUUUGCACGACGAAAACGGUUUCUUGGAGAAUCCUACCAAAGGUCAAGAGUUCUUGAGGUCAACAUCGAUGGAGUUCAUUCCUCAGGAUCAGAGGUUCUUGGGCAUUAUAGUGGCCAAAACCAAGAGGAUCAGUCUCAAUCACUCUGGAAAUCCUUGUCAUGAAGAUGAAAACUGGGAUGUCAUCAAAUGUAUUGAAGAGUUUAUCGUGGGCAAGAUGGGCUGUACAUAUCCCGGGAUACUGAAAGCGGAUCUUGGACUGAGAAAUUGUUCCAGUCUGGAGGAUAUGCUCCAUCUGCUUGAUAUUCACAAGGCACUAUUUACGAUACCAUCGUCGGAUAUGGCGGCCUACACAGGAUGUCUUCGGCCUUGCCAUUUGAAUGGUGUCGAUCCCGUCAGCGGCGAAAUACGAGACGGAAGUCUGCGUGUUGGUUCUGCGAUUUCUUACUUAUUUAGAACAACCAAUGUGAAAGUGGCAAAAGAGGCCUGGUUUUAUGAUUUCAAUAGCCUGGUGGCUGAAGUUGGCGGCUCUCUAGGAUUGUUUUUGGGAGCUUCUCUCUUGACUCUUUUCCAACAUAUCCAUCAGGGACUCUCGAAGCUUCUGAGGCGUUGUUUUGGAACCAAAAGUGUUCAAGCACAAGCGAUGCCAUAAUACUCUUAAGACCUUCAAUUCGUUUCUUAAGUGCAAAUCAAUGUAAAAAUAUUUGUUUAACCUUUCGUUUUUUCUGGCUGACAUCCAAUGAUGAAUAAAACGUAAUAAUUGCUCCUGUA